AUGCCAGAGACCAGUGAUCGUGGUGUGCGCUGUUGUGCCGCCCACUUCCUGCACCAGCACAAGUCCGAGUGCCGCUACGCCAACAGGACUCGCGGGGAGGUCCGCUACCUGCUCAGGUACAUCUAUGACCGGCACGAGUUCGUGCGCUUCGACAGCUGCCACGGGGACUUCGAGGCUGUCACCGAGCUGGGCCAGCCCUUCGCCCGCUACUUCAACAGCCAGAAGGAGGUGCUGGACAGCCUGCGGAGCGCCGUGGAGAGCUUCUGCUGCCACAACUACGGGGUCUUUGUCCAUGGGCGCGCCAUCGGCAGGACAGUUGUGCCCACGGUGACGAUCUCCCCCACCAAGGGGGACCCCCUGGCCCACCACACCCUCCUGAUCUGCACCGCGGCCGGCUACUAUCCCCAGGGGGUGAACAUCAAGUGGCUGAAGAACGGGCAGGAGCAGACGGCGGGGGUGGGGUACGCGGAGGAGCUCCAGAACGCGGACUGGGCCUACCAGUACCAGGCGAUGCUGGAGACGGUGCCCCAGCGGGGAGACCUCUACGCCUGCCAAGUGGAGCACAGCAGCCAGAAGGAGCCCAUCACCGUGCAGUGGGGCCAGAGCUGUGCCUCUCGCAAGGCUUGGCUCAAAGGCAGGGAGAGGCCGGAUGCCCGGCGGUGCCAGAACCUCACCCUUCCGAUGACGGGCACUCGAGAAGCAAAGCAGGUGGCGCCACCUGUGGCCGCGGAUGCGAGAUGCCAGGGACUGGUGACCGCCGUCUGCGCUGUUGUGGAGGGUGCCCCGCACAUCUACGACCGGCAGGAGUUCCUGCGCUUCGACAGCCGCCGCGGAGACUACGAGGCCCUCACCGAGCUGGGCCAGCCCACAGCCCGAUACUUCAACAGCAAGAAGGGGUGGAUGGACUACGAGCGGGGCCAGGUGGACGCCCUCUGCCGCCUCUACGAGGCCCUCACCGAGCUGGGCCAGCCCACAGCCCGAUACUUCAACAGCAAGAAGGGGUGGAUGGACUACGAGCGGGGCCAGGUGGACGCCCUCUGCCGCCUCAACUACGGGGUCUUCGUCCGGGGGCGCGCCAUCGGCAGGACAG